AAUUUACUACUUCGUUCUGGAUUGAUUUAUUGUCCAUUUUGUUCUUAUAGAAGUCGCUUAUAUCUGUACAUGAAAACGUACAUCCUUUCUUUCCCUAUACAUGAAAUAAGAACCUGAAGUUCUUUUUAAAAACAAAACUGUCUUCACGCCGAAGGGAAUCUGAAAAUGUUAGACAGCAUGGCUAAAAUGACAGCGUUUAUCUCUCUGACUCUAGUGGGAUUAUGGCUACAAGGAGCUACGGCAGAAUCAUGAUGAAGUCACUGUUUUUAGCGCGUCGGAUGGGAAUUGGUUCACAAGACUUGGCUGCAGUGACUCCUUCUCUGAAAUACUCUACCUGCACCACAUCACCUGAACUAACCACCUUUCCAGAGUUUGUGGAAGUUGAGUUGGUGGAUGAGCAGCCAGUCUCCUACUAUGAUAGUGUCCUUAGGAAGAAGAUCCCUAAACAGGACUGGAUGGCAAAGAGUGAAGGUCCAGGUUCCUGGAAGAGAAGCAAUCAGGCAUUAAUCACUGCUCAGAAAACCUUUAAAAACAACAUUAAUAUCGCUAAACAGAACUUCAACCCCAUUGGAGGUGUUCACAUUUACCAGGCCAUGUAUGGCUGUCAGUGGGAUGAUGAAACGAAGCAGAUUAAUGGAUACCAGCAGUACGGUUAUGAUGGAGAAGAUUUUAUUUCCUUUGACCUGAACACUGGAACAUGGGUGGCUCCAAAACCUCAAGGCCUCAUCACCAAACACCAAUGGGACGCUGACCGAGCUUUGAUUGAACGAGCUAAAAAUGAUCUCACCCAGCGUUGUCCAGAAUAUCUGGAGAUGUAUGUGGUUUACGGGAGCCACACUCUGACGAGAAAAGAUCUUCCCUCAGUGUCUUUUCUUCAGAGGUCUUCCUCGUCUCAAGUCAGCUGCUUUGCUACAGGUUUUUAUCCCAGUAAGGCUGAAAUGUUCUGGAGGAAAGAUGGAGCAGAGAUCCACAAUGGUGUGGAGAAAGGAGAGAUCCUCCCUAACAAUGAUGGAACCUACCAGAUGUCUGCUGACAUCGAUCUUUCAUCUGUUCCACCUGAAGACAGGACCAAGUAUGAAUGUGUGUUUCAGCUCUCUGGUGAGAAAGAUCUCAUCCAUGAACUGAAGAAAACAAAAAUAAAAACCAAUAAAAACCACAGCAUGCUAAAUGCUUGCAGUGUCUUCAAAGACACAACAAUAUUAACUAUUUCAGGAAUCAUUUCAUUCAUAAUUAUUUUAACACUUUGA